AUGGCCAAGAAAACGACCCUCGCCGAGUUCGAGUCCGUCUUCCCCAAGCUCCAGGAGGUCCUCAUCGAGCACGCGCAAAAGUACAAGCUUCCCAAGGAGGAAACAAUGAAGGUUGACUGUUUCCGUCUGGUUGCACCUCAACAGAGUCUCGAGAUCAACACCCUCGGCGGAAAAUGCAACCGCGGCAUGUCGGUCCCCGACUCCGUCUCCCUGCUGCUCGGCAAGCCCCUUAACGAGGAGGAAUACUUCCAGGCGGCGACGCUCGGCUGGAUGACGGAGCUCCUGCAGGCCUUCUUCCUCGUGUCGGACGACAUCAUGGACGGCAGCAUCACGCGCCGCGGCAAGCCCUGCUGGUACCGCCACGAGGGUGUCGGCAUGGUCGCCAUCAACGACGCCUUCAUGCUCGAGGCCGCCAUCUACACGCUGCUGCGCAAGUUCUUCCGCGAGCACGCCAGCUACGUCGACCUGCUCGAGCUCUUCCACGAGGUCACCUUCCAGACCGAGCUCGGCCAGCUCUGCGACCUCCUGACCGCCCCCGAGGAGACGGUCAACCUCGACAACUUCAGCAUGGAGAAGUACAGCUUCAUCGUCGUCUACAAGACUGCCUACUACUCCUUCUACCUGCCCGUCGCCCUCGCCCUCCACUGCCUUAACAUCGCCACCCCCAAGAACCUCAAGCAGGCCGAGGACAUCCUCAUCCCCCUCGGCGAGUACUUCCAGAUCCAGGACGACUACCUCGACAACUUUGGCCUGCCCGAGCACAUUGGCAAGAUCGGCACCGAUAUCAUGGACAACAAGUGCAGCUGGCUCGUCAACCAGGCCCUGCAGAUCGCCACCCCCGAGCAGCGCAAGAUCCUCGAGGAGAACUACGGCCAGAAGGACAAGGCCAAGGAGGCCGUCAUCAAGAAGCUCUUUGACGACAUGAAGCUCAAGGAGCGCUACGAGCAGUUUGAGGAGAAGCGCGCCAACGAGAUCAAGACCAUGAUUGACAACAUUGACGAGAGCGAGGGCCUCAAGAAGGGCAUCUUCGAGGCCUUCCUCGCCAAGAUCUACAAGCGCACAAAGUAG